GCGUGAUCUCGCAGACCUCCGCGCUGCGCUUUCCGCGCCAUGUCGGAAGUGGAAAUCGCCGGCCCGUCCGAAGCUUCCGUGCCGCGGGAAGAGACCAAAGGGGCCCUGGAGGACUUUGGGCACCACUCCCGAGGGCGUUUGAGUUCGCUCUGGGCCCAACGGAGCUUGGUGCCUGACCUGCAGAUCUCUGUCUUGGUGGCCACAUGGACUUUGAUCCUGUCGUUGCCGGUGAUCGUAUGGCCCUGGGCUGAAUACAUGAACCACACGUGGUGCCGCAACCUGGAUUUGGUGCACUGCGUGGACUACCAGCAAAAGACUCCGCUCUGUAAAAUCUCCUGGAAUUGGGGGGGGCCUCAUUGUAUUCCAGCCCGGCCCAGUGCCUUCCUGAACUUGUGGGGCACCAUGUUGCUACAAUUCAUUUUUUCGGUCUAUGUGGACCUUGGGAGCUCGGUGAAGUUCACCCUGCAGGGCUUGGUGGGAACCAUCUUGGCCUACUUGAAUGUGAUGUUACUGAACAAUGCCCUUGGCUUCCUCCUCGGCGGUGGUGCCUAUAGUCACAGCACGGAGACGGAUUCGCAGGGUGUGGUGAUCAGUGGCUGGUUACCACUCUGCAACAAUGGCGUGCGGCGAUUGGCGGAUCAGAAAGCUCAUUGCUUUAUGAACAUUUGGUUAGAUAAACUCACCUGGUUGGGAUCUCUCUCCUUUUUCAUAGUGGCUGUUGACUUCACCCUCUUCGUGGUGCUGUGUUUGUCGUUGCCCUUCCAUUCCAACCCUCGGAUCUUCGCCUUGUCAACCCACGUGAGCUUUAUGAUGACUUUUGUGGACCCUGAAACCGACGGCUUUUCGACGGAGCCCACCUAUGCCACAGACUAUCUGCAGAUGAUAGGUUUGGCGUCCUUCAUGGCCCUGGCGUGUUUCUUCGUUCCCAAGCGGCGCUUCACCGGCACCGCGGCCGCGACCAGUUGGGGCAAGGAAGCGACAGAAGUGACCAAGGUGCUGGUGAGACGUUUGCCCGACAGCCUGGAGGAAGUGCUGCGGCUGAAGGCCCGCGCCACCCUGGAGACGGCCGAGAAGAUCUUGAAGGAGCUGGAGCGUAGCGUCGAUUCGGUGAAGUUCGAGGGUUUUGCGUGGCUGUGGCAGAACGACGAAACGCGAAGGCGCUUGGAACUUCUGCCCGGCAGCCUGGAGCGAUGCCUGCGACGGCUGCCAGCCAUCUACCAAUCUGCCGAAGCCUUUGGCGGGGAAAUUUCCGCGGAGCUCUUCCAAUGCCUCCAGCAGUGCUGUGAGGCCUCCGCCGCCAAGCUGGACAUCCUCCUGGCGGAGCCGUCGGAUGACACGUCCAGCGCCUCAGUGGCCGCGGCAGCAGCGGCGCAGGCAGCGGUGGAAGCGGAGGAGGCGUGUCGCGAGGCCGAGAAGCGACUGGCGCAGAUGUGGAUGGACAAGGAUCGAAAGGCGGAAGUCUCCGCCUUCAUUUUGGUGGUCUCCGGUGUGUUAGCGGAGGUGAACGAGGCCGUGGCGGAAGUCCAGCGCCAUCCCACUGUGCUGCCUGGGGAGUGGUCUUGUCGCGCCUGCCGGCGGUUGUUGGUAAAAACAAAGACUUGGUGGUCGGCGCUGCUGUUUCAUAAGGACGACACAGAAGCGGUGCACCCCAGAUUCGUGGUGCGGAACACCAUCUCGAUUUGCUUGGCGUUCAGCAUUGGUUGGCUUGGCAUUUGGAACGUGAUGCCCAGCUAUUCCAGUUAUGCCGCCUCCACCAUUGCAGUCAUCGUGUACACCUACACCGGUGCCACGCCCAGCGUCACUUUGCGACGCCUCAGCGGUGUGGUGCUGGGGAAGGUGGCGGGAUCCAUUCUGCAGCUGGCGUUGGCAGUGAAGCAUGUGGUGUACAUCUUUUUCUUUGCUUUGGCCAUGUGGCUGGUAGUCGCCUUUUCGUUCUUCCAGUACCUCCACACCAACAGCGAUUUGGCACCGGUCUUCGGCCUCACGGCCGCCUUUGCUGCCGCCUCGAUGAUCCCCAGCAGCGGCGUCCUGCGAAACAUCUCUGACAACACGCAGGCCAGCGUGCUCCCAACGCUGAUGAAUACGGUGGUGCAGACAGUCUUCGGCAUCAGUUUGAUGCUGCUGGUGGACACGCUCCUUGCCACGCGCGCCACGAAACAAGCCCGGCAGCGCCUUGGACGCGCCAUGGACCGGCUGCAGCUGUGCCUGGAAGCCUGUGCAGGCAGCCACCUCCGUCCAGAAGAGGUUGAGCUGGUGGAAAGCUCGAGGUCUGCCUUCCUACAGGAUUUAGACGCCCUGAAGGAUUUGUUGCCCCAUGCAGCAGCUGAACCCAUCUACUGGUCCAAGCCCUUUGAGUUGGAGUUGUUUACCCUUCUGGAGGCCUGUUUGCGAGCGGUCGCUAACCACAUGGGCAUGCUCUGCUGGUUGGUGAAGUUUGCGGGACCUGCCCUGCUUCCCCUGGGAGCUUCCUGGGACCAACUUCAUCAGUGUUGGCACACGCAGGUGACGCGAAGCUGGUCUGAAAUUUGUCAGAUCUGUAAGAGCAUCGUGGAGCCGCAGAGCGAUGCGGACGAGCGAUUACAGGAGGUUCUCAAAGAGUUGGCCCAGAACCUCUACACCUUCCAAGUGGCCAGCAAGGUCAAGCUCCGACUGCCCCGGCCCUCGCUGCCGCGCGGCGGCACCACGCGCUCGGGCUUCCGGAAGUUGAUUGACAAGGUGGUGCACGAAGAUCUGGACGAGGAUCCACGUCCCGCCGACAAAUCCGCGGAAGGCUCCGCGGAGCGCUGCAGAGAGCUGGAUCUGGAACAGUGCAUCGCAGCGGCACGGCGGGAGGCCCUCGAGCUGGAGAGGCCGUGUUUGCCGCAGGAGUCUGCGCUGUGUGCGGUGGAUGUGGCGAGUCAAUUGAUGCGCGGUUCAUUGGAGGACAUCAGGAAGAUCCAAUUGGCGUUGCUGGAGUUUUGAGAACCGCUGUUUAUUCGCUGAGAUCUUCACCACACAAAAGCUACCUGGAGGACGCUUGGAAGGUGCUCCGCGAAGUGAUCUCGAUGUCAUGGCGGACUUCAGGUUGGAUCGCGGUUAAAUGUGACUCGUGGAGGGAAAAAA